UGUGGGAAAACUAGUCAAACCAGAGAGGGCGCGAGAGAAAGAAAAGAAACAUCAUGGUGGCAUCCAGCCUGGACGGAACGUCUCCUCCUGUCUGACCUGGGAGGGUCGGAGAGGGAGAAGGAGCUCCUGAUGGAGCUCCUUCAGGAACGGCUGGUUGAGUUUUCACUGGAGGCUCAUGAUCUUUACCUGAACAAAUCUGUGCCACACUUGGAGGGACCGCCUGAGCCGCUGCAGUUCUACCGAGACUGGAUUGGCCCGAACAAGCCCUGCAUCAUCCGCAACGCCUUCAGCCAUUGGCCAGCUCUGUCCAGGUGGACACCAAAAUACCUCAGGGAGAAAAUCGGGUCAAAGGUGAUCAGCGUGGCAGUGACUCCUAACGGCUAUGCUGACGCCGUGGCGGGGGAUCGCUUCGUCAUGCCUGAGGAACGACAGAUGAGCUUUUCUUCUGUGCUGGACAUAAUAGAAGGAACGGUGCAGAAAACCGGAGUGUUCUACGUCCAGAAGCAGUGCUCCAACCUGCUGCAGGAGCUGCCUGAGCUAGUGGACGACCUGGAGCCUCACAUACCCUGGAUGAGCACAGCAAUCGGGAAAUCACCGGAUGCAGUCAAUUUUUGGCUCGGAGAAGAAAAUGCUGUCACAUCCAUGCACAAAGAUCCCUACGAGAAUCUGUACUGUGUCAUUUCUGGAGAAAAACACUUCAUCUUGCUUCCACCCACUGACCGACCCUUCGUCCCUUAUGGUCUGUACCAGUCAGCUGUUUACCAAGAGCAGGACGGCGGUGAGUUUAAGGUCAUCGAUAACGUGGACUCACACAAGGUUCCCUGGAUCCCUCUGGACCCUCUGGACCCGGACCUGGAGCGCUUCCCGCAGUACCGGUUAGCCCGGCCUCUUUGCUGCACAGUGAAAGCCGGAGAGAUGCUGUACCUGCCAUCUCUGUGGUUCCACCACGUCCGGCAGUCCCACGGCUGCAUCGCAGUGAAUUUUUGGUAUGACAUGGAAUACGACAUCAAGUACAACUACUUCCAGCUUCUGGAUUCGCUGUCUGAAGUAGCGGACGGUUCCUCGUGACACGGUGGCUGCUCAGUGAUGUCACAGCAACAGAGGAGACUCAGUCCACAGAAAGCAGUUUGUUUGGAACUUUGGACAAUGGAGCUUAUGGAUUGGGAAACGUAGUGGAACAGCGCCUCCUGGUGUAGUUCGCAAACUAAAGGUUAAAAAUGUUAUUUAUUUAAUGAAUGCACCUUAGGACAUGAAGUGACUGUCAACUCAUUCUGUUUUCUGAUGUGUUCAUAAAGGUGUGUGUGCUGCUGCUGUUGUAAAGUGUUUGCAACUUUUAACGUGCCUUAAUCCUUCAGUGUUCGGGGUGAGAAAAUCAAAUUUUUCAAGCUCAUGGUGCUAUUUUAUGAGUUAUAAACAUGCUGCUUAUAUCAAACACGACUCAAAAGAAAUUUGAUUUCACAAUUUGACCUUGAAUAUUGGGCCUCUAUCUCUUUAACUUAAGAGACGGGGUCAUUUGGACCUCACCUGUUUGUUACUCUGCAGUCACACUGAUCGUUUUUUGUGUGGUUUUCAGAAACUGGUGGUUUUGACAGUAUAACUCCCACUGCCUGACCGUGGCAUUUGCUGCUCUCCUCCUGAGCGUUGCGCUAAGAGAGCAGGAGGGUGACUAUGGAUAUUGAUCUAUUGUAAUAAAUCUUCUCUGAUUGGGGAAACAGUUAUGUCAGAAUUUGAAAAAUCUUUGAUUGGGUUCACAUUUUUGCAAAAAAUAAGAUUUCCCUUGACCUUUGUUCAUCCACCAAAAACAGCUGAAGAGAAAUCUGUGCAUAAAAUGAAACCCCUCCCUUCUUUUGAUUGAUUCAGAAUCUCUCUUCUCUGGAGAAUACAGACAUGUGCUGAUAAUGCCGUUGUCUUUCUUCAUUGGCAAACAUUGCUGAUGCUUAAU